ACUUCUGACAGAGAGAGAACCGUGUUUACUCUCUUUUUUGUACUCUCAAUAGUCAGAGAACCGAGUACGGUAUCGAUUUCCAAUAAAAUCUGGCUGAUUCUGACUACAAUUGGGAAAACUGGAACGACGGUUCUAUAUAGCAGAGAUGUCUGUUUUCGAAAAACAUCGAUGCAUCGAUACAUUGACUAUUUAUUCAUCGAGUGGAAAAUUUUCGAUGCAUCGAAGAAAAACAUCGAUAUUUUCGAUGCAUCACUAGUCAAAUUGACAAAUAUAAAAUUUGUGUGUUUUCGUUUAUUCUGUCAUUUUCUAUAUUAAAGUGAUUUAAUUUUUUUGCUUAGCCAUAAUAUGUCGGAAUUUAAACAAAAAAGCAAUGGUUCAUCAUCGAGAACAAUCUAUAUUAAUCCACAUUUCAAAAAACCAAUAACUUAUCCUCAACAAGUAAUAUCAGCUCGUGCUCAUAUUAAUCCUUUAUUCCUGGGAGCCCAUCGACCUCCAGCUAUACAUAUGAACCCCAACUUUGUGAAUAACACGCUAUUGAAUCGACAAAGCUUACCGCAAAAUAACGAUGUGCGAAACUUGACUUCAGAAAGUGUAAUUAGAUCUAGUGUAGUUCCACCACAACAUAUGCGGAUAGAGACAAUAGACCUAUGUCGAACCUCAGAUCAUUUGCUGAAGGAAUCAAAUAUAAACAAGAAUCUAAAAGAAUAUCCAGAUAACAAAAUUACAUUCCAAAAAAUUAUAAGUAAAUCCCGUACAAAAAUUGUUCGCGAGCCAGCUUUAGUUAAUGACGCCCCCACACCUACCUCAGAUCCACUCAUCCGUUUAAGUAGCAAAAAGUUGGUAAGACGUAUGCAUGUACGUCCGACAACAAGCAUAACCCAAAAGACUACGCUGGCCACUAGCAUCAGUACAAUUGGAAAAUACAAACUUGUUCGAAGUAGAGGAGGACCCUGCAUCACCACUAAAAGCAAAGCCUUGACACCGUCAUUAAAAUUCAAACGAAAAACUUUCGUAGCGCGCUAUGCGUUGCAACGUUCAACCUCCGAAUCCAAAAUUACACCGACGUCUUCUAAAUUGCGUGCAUUGCCAGUCAAUAAGAAGCUUCAAUUGUUAAACAUCAACGGAGUACUCUACAGGUCAACACGCAACAAAUUACAAAGAAAAGAUACUACUGUACCUCCAAAUAAACUAGCGUCGGCUGGAUUGUCUACGUUAAGCCUUAAGUCAAAUUCUAACGCUACCCAGAAAUCCAACAAAAAUUCUUAUGGCCGUGUGAUAUUUGUGCAUGGAACGAAAUUCGAAUUGGACAAGACUGGAUUUAAAUUAACACGUCUUACUCCAACAAGCAUACAGAGCGUGUCGGGGGGCCUCCAAAACUCAGAAGGAACGGCUUCAAGGCUGCGCCAGCGCAUAGAUAUUGGUGGCCUAACGUACGUCGCUUCCACAACGCAAAAUGUCUUCGUGCGAACUCGAAACCACUUAACCUUGGCACAUUUAAAUACAGCAAAAAAUCGUAGCCUGCAGCUUUUAACACGUCGCCUAGUUAAAAGCAAUAUACCGUGUGCCAUUUUCCAACGCAUUGGCAAAUGUAUUGCUCACGAACGAGGGAGGUGCAACAAAGUGCACGAUAAACGACAGGUUACCAUUUGCCCACGAUUUUUGCGCAGCGAAUGCCACAACUCCGAGUGUUUACUCUCGCACAAUGUUUCUCUGGCAAAAAUGCCUGUUUGUAAAUUCUUCCUUCAAGGUGUUUGUGUACGCACAGACUGCCCAUAUCUCCACAAAAAGCUCAGUGUGAACGCGGAUAUAUGUCCAGAUUUCUUGCGGGGUUAUUGCAAGCUGGCCGAUCAGUGCAACAAACGCCACGAAUUCGUGUGCCCAGAAUAUGAGCGCAGUGGAAAUUGCGAAAUGGCGAGUUGUGUGUAUUGCAAGAAUCGCAAACGGAAACGGCUGAAUGAGCAACCAAGCCAACACAACAAAGCAGGGGUGACAGCUCGAAUAAAGGAAAGCCCCGGUCCGGGCAGCCAUGAUACUUCUGCAGUGCCGCUGCGAUACUUCACUGACAAAGACACACAUAUAGCGCCGAGUGAAGCACCUGAAGUCCAUAAAGCUGAUGAAAAGAAAGACCCAGAUACUCAUUCAGAAAUCGAUGAUAUGCCUCCAGUGUCUUUUCGCCCUAAGGUGGGCGCUUUGCCUGCCUUUAUACCUCUUUCGUAAAGAAACCUAAAUAUGUAUUAAAAAUUAUAUUCUUUUACGAUUAAGAAACUUAACGAUUAUUAACUAAAAAAUAAAAAAACAAUUUCACAAGGUUUUAGCCGAGACAAAAUAAAUUGUAAGCAUUGAUAUUUCAUUUUUGUGUAUCAUAAUAUCAAUAGGGUAAUUAUAGAUUUAUUUGAAUAUUCGCUUCUGUUACCACUGUUUUUUUUUUGUUAUCAUUUAAGUAAAUACUCGGCAUGUUUUUGCAUAUCAAAUAAGUCUGGGAAUGCAUAGACAUACAUAUUUAUGUAUAUAUCUUAUAUUUAUAUAGCAUAUGCAAUACUUUAUACACAAAAUCCAAAGGUCAUAAAGUAUCUAAAGCGGUACGCUUUCUCCACUGCCUACAUAGUA